ACAUGGUCCUUGACCCAUAGAGAGGCACUCACAUGCAAUGAUAUUCAUAGUGUUUUUCUAAAAAGGGUAUAAAAACUCAAUCUUGCAAGGUUUCUCGUGAUUUGCAGUUGCUCACAAGCAAUAAAAGCUUAACUGCAAUCUCCAUCAUUAUUCACAAGCAUUUCACAUUUAAGUCCUCUCUUGAUCACUUCUCUCUCAACUCCAUAAGCUUUAAAACCUUCAAUUCUUUUGGAAGUCCAUCGUUUGUGAUCCGUCCUCUUCAAAAUCAUCAUCUGGGUUUGGAUGUUGCGAGGCAAUACUGCAAUGGGUUCUUGCUGUUUGGGCUUGAAAGCUAAUACCCAUUUAGCGAACCCCAAGCUAGGUUGUCUCAAGAAUGCAGACGAUGGCUUUUUUGGGGAGAGGGUCGUAGGGAGCUUAAACAAUGGUGCUUGGGUCAAUCAGUUGACAAAUAGCUUGAAAGCUGAGAAGAGGGUCAAGAAGGUUAAACCAGGAGUUGCUUUUGCUGUUAUUACAUCAAAUAAUGCCAAGGAGGUUGUGACAUUAAAAGCACCAAUUUUUGAGAGACGAAAAGCGGAUCCGAAAAAUGUGGCUUCAAUCAUAUUGGGAGGAGGUGCAGGCACCCAAUUGUUUCCGCUCACCAAAAGAGCAGCAACACCCGCGGUUCCCGUUGGAGGAUCUUACAGGCUUAUUGACAUACCAAUGAGCAACUGUAUCAAUAGUGGCAUUAACAAGAUUUUUGUACUUACCCAGUUCAACUCAGCCUCGCUAAAUCGCCAUCUUGCACGCACCUACUUCGGUAAUGGUAUCAAUUUUGGGGAUGGAUUUGUGGAGGUUCUUGCUGCCACUCAAACACCCGGAGAAGCUGGAAAGAUGUGGUUCCAAGGAACAGCAGAUGCUGUGAGGCAAUUUAUAUGGGUUUUUGAGGAUGCUAAGAAUAGGGACGUUGAAAACAUAUUGAUAUUGUCCGGGGAUCAUCUCUAUCGGAUGGACUAUAUGGACUUGGUGCAGCAUCACGUCGACACAAACGCGGAUAUCACAAUUUCAUGCGCACUGGUGGGUGAGAGCCGUGCUUCAGAUUAUGGAUUGGUGAAGUUAGACACCUGGGGCCGCGUUGUCCAAUUUACUGAAAAACCGAAGGGCGCUGAUCGCAAAGCAAUGCAAGUGGAUACCACUCUUCUCGGGCUUUCGCCACAAGAUGCCAAAAAGGCCCCAUAUAUUGCAUCAAUGGGUGUCUAUAUCUUUAAGAAAGACACUUUGUUGAAGCUUUUGCGAUGGAGGUAUCCUACUUCCAAUGACUUUGGAUCUGAAAUAAUUCCUGCAGCUGUUCGGGAGCAUGAUGUCCAAGCAUAUGUCUUCAGAGAUUACUGGGAGGACAUAGGAACUGUAAAAACCUUUUAUGAGGCUAACUUGGCGCUCACUGAAGAGUAUCCGAAGUUUGAAUUUUAUGAUCCUAAGACGCCUUUCUACACAUCUCCGCAGUUCCUACCACCGACCAAAAUGGAUAAGGGCAAGAUCAAAGAUGCAAUAAUCUCGCAUGGAUGUUUCUUGGGAGAAUGCACGAUUGAACGUUCCAUAGUGGGUGAACGCUCACGCAUUGAUAGCGGUGUAGAGCUUACGGACACCAUAAUGCUGGGGGCAGACUUCUAUGAAACCGAGCCGGAAAUUGCAUCCUUGCUUGCAGAAGGAAAGGUGCCCAUUGGGAUAGGACAGAAUACGAAAAUCAAGAACUGUAUAAUCGACAAGAAUGCAAAAAUAGGACAAGAUGUGGCUAUCAUGAAUAAAGAAGGUGUUCAAGAGGGCGAUAGGCCGGAAGAUGGAUUCUAUAUCCGGUCUGGUAUCACGGUCAUAAUGGAGAAGGUGACGAUAGAGGAUGGCACGGUUAUAUGAACGAGAUGGAAGUACUUACCACGGAAUGCUCCAACUUCCAAACAUGAGAAUUGAGGUGAAAACAAUGAUCAAGCAGGUUAUAAUUGGAAGGGGAAGAGGAUUGUGUGUGCAGCAUUUUGGUCUUGAAAAGUAGCACGGUACGCUGCAAUUGCUGUGAUAUUUGUAAAUUAAAAGCUAGUUUCCUUAAAAUAGAGGCAAUAAGCGUCCUUGAGGCAGGGGUUCAGCAAAUAGUGCUUUUUCUUUGUAGAGAGCUUCAUGGAUGGAUAUGAGCUAGAAUGUUCAGAUAUUAAUAUUGAUUAUGGAUUGCCGUCAAUGAGUUGAGGUUCUGUUCAAAUUUGGUA